GGGGCAGUGGUGGGGUCGACUUAUCAUGGACACUUACACGGGACCCAGGGUACUUUUAAAAAUGCAAACUAAGAUGGGCACUUGCUCAAGACGGACUCAAAAAUGUAAAUUAUCUGUUUAUGAUUUCUUAUAAAGAUUCCUUACUUGGGGCAUAUACAUCAAUAAACGUGGGCAUAGAUCUCAUACUUCAGAAUGGCCGACUCAGGGAACAAUGUAGCAGCGCUGAGCGCGGCAAACCUAUUCAACGUUAAUGGUCUUGUAGCUGUUGUCACAGGCGGUGGUACUGGCAUCGGUUUGAUGAUCACGAAGGCUCUUGUCGCCAAUGGUGCCGCGAAAGUGUACAUACUUGGGCGUCGGUUGAAUGUACUACAAGAGGCAGUUUCUAGCAUCGGAAACCCCAAUGUGAUUCCAGUUCAUUGCGAUGUCACGUCUGUUGAUUCACUUAAAGCAGCCGCAUCGCACAUCGAGAAGGACGCCGGUUUUGUGAACCUCCUGGUUUGCAACUCGGGAAUUGGUGGGCCAUUCGGCAUCAAUCCCAAGCCGGAGACAACCCUGGACGAGUUUAUGGAGGCAAAUCUGGCGGUGGUAGCUGAGGAUUAUACUAAGACUUUUGCUGUCAAUACAAGCGCUGUCUGGUACACUACUAUGACGUUCUUGAAACUCCUUGAUGCGGGCAAUGCCCGUGCUAACGUGGAACAGAAAUCUCAAGUUGUAGCUAUAAGCUCAAUUGGUGGUUUCAACAAGACAAACACUGGAGGCUUUGCUUACGGACAGAGCAAAGCGGCGUGCACCCAUCUCAUCAAGCAACUCAGUGUUGUACUCCCACAAUGGGAUAUUAGGGCGAAUGUGAUAUGCCCGGGUCUCUACCCUAGCGAGAUGUCAGCCCAGGUUCUGGCGCGUUCGGGACCAAUUGUCAAAAGCAAGGUCCCCCUUGAGCGUGUCGGCGACGAACAAGAUAUGGGCGGUGCUAUACUGUAUCUUGCUUCUCGCGCGGGUGGGUAUUGCAACGGAACAGUUGUUGUCACUGAUGGAGGACGCUUGACUACUUUUCCUUCUACCUUUUGAGGUAUGCAUAAGUAUGCUAGAAUGCGGACCUUAUAGAUUAAUAGACUUAAUCGUCCUGCAUACCAGUUUAGAUUCCGUGACCAGCGUAUGCUUAAUAGCAAGCUUCGUAGUUUGAAGUUCUCUACCUGACUCUCACUUCUGGAACAUUGUAAGCCAUCGGGCCCUAUGCUGGGAGCAGCGCCAGCUCUCAGCAUCGAAGCUUACGCGCCUAGCGAAUCGUUCCUGCAUGUCUCAUCAUGCUGUGUACGUGCAUUAUAUGCCGCAUAUGACACCAUGGUACACCAAAUUCGACAAUGUAUGAACGGGCCUGUUAUAGAAUGCCUCACGUAUGUCAGUGCGUAAGGCCAUAGGUGCCCAAGAAAGGUCCGAAUGGAAAGUUUAGGAACCGACUCGGACCGAUGCAUAUUCCAUGGGUGUGAGGAAAGCAGAUAAACUACGGUAGGUACGCAGCUGGAAAGAGCAUAGUUAGCUUCAGAUUAGCGGAACCGAGAUACCUAGCACUUUGGAGCGGCAGCGGACAGGACAGCCGUAGCGAUGAAUAGAAGCUAGCUGUGAAUGUGUUCCACAGAGCGCCAACGGAUCGGGUUCCGGGUCCGACCGGACGGACUUUGUUUUGUUGGCGAAGUAAUCAAACAUCACGAAGAAUACUAAACCUGUACAGGAUGUCCGACAAUUGGCGCUGACAACCUUGGAAUGCUUAUCUACAGGCUGCUAUGUGUCUGUCUGCCCUACUUGCCUAGCUACGUG